UCGUGCUGGGCUGCCUGUUCCUCGCGAUGCCCCCGGCGCUCGGCGAGCCCGUGGCCCCACUUGUCUCCUGGUCGGAGCCACAGGCGGACACCAGCGGCAGCAGACGACAAGGAGCUGCUGACGACGCAGCGGCGGCGGCCGCCGUCCCGAGCCGGGCGAGGAGGUCCGCGACGGCAGCUCCAUGCCAGCCCAGCAGCACGGCCGUGGACACCGCGGAGCGCCUCGCCAAGCUCAGGGCGCUCAUGAGGCAGAGCGGCGUCGCGGCCUACAUCAUCCCGUCGGACGACGAGCAUGGGAGCGAGUACACGGCCAACGCGGACCACCGUCGGGAGUGGAUCACGGGCUUCACGGGCAGCGCCGGUGACGCGGUGGUCACCAUGACGGACGCUCUGCUCUGGACCGACUCGCGCUACUGGGUGCAAGCCAACAGGCAGCUCGACUGCAACAGCUGGACCCUGAUGAAAAAGGGCGAGCCGGACGUACUGAGCAUCGAGAAGUGGCUGGGGAAGAACCUGGAUAGGAGCGCACUAGUGGGCGCCGACUCGCGCAUGCUGUCCUACAACCAGUGGAGCACCUGGGACAACUACCUGGCCGGUCUGGGUGGUCCCCGCAUGCUGCCCAUCGAGAAGAACCUCGUCGACGAGGUGUGGGGCGCCGACAGGCCCGCGUACCCGGACACUCCCAUCACCCCUCUGGACGUGAAGUACACAGGCGUCGCGUGGCAGAGCAAAGUGGAGAAGGUGCGAGACUCGAUGCGCGCGUCCGGCAACGACCUCCUGGUCCUGUCCGCCCUGGACGACUGCGCCUGGCUGCUCAACCUGCGCAGCGGCGAGGUGCCGUACACGCCCGUGUUCCGCUGCUACGUCGUGCUCGGACUCGACGCCAUGCACGUCUUCAUCCCCGCCGAGAAGAUCAGCCCCGAGGUGCGCAGCCACCUGAGCGACACCGGCAUCAACCCGCAGAUCCACGCCCACGAGGAGGUGUGGACGCUGCUGCCCCAGCUGAGCGCCGCCGCCAACAGUGUGGCCCUCACCACCCCCGUCGUGUACCACACCGGCUCCAGCUACAAGCUCUACAAGGCGGUCCAGCCGGGGAAGGUCAAGUUCAUCGCGUCGCCAGUCCUCUACAUGAAGGCCACAAAGAACUCGGUCGAGGCCAUGGGCAUGAGGCGGGCGCACGUCAAGGAUGCCGUCGCGCUCAUCGAGAUGCUCGCCAUCCUGUCGGAGGAGGUGCCGGCCGGCAAGUACUGGGACGAGCAGAUGGUGGUGGAGGCGCUGGCCAAGCUGCGGUGGAAGCAGGAGAACUCGCACGGCCCCAGCUUCGACACGAUCGCCGCCUUCGGCAAGAACGCAGCGCUGCCGCACUACGAGCCCAGCAACGCCACCAACGUGCCCAUCACGACCGACAACCUGCUCAUGAUCGAUUCUGGCGGCCAGUACUCCGAGGGUACGACGGACGUCACACGCACCGUGCACUUCGGCACGCCGACGCCCGUGCAAGUGGAAGUCUACACCAAGCUGCUCAAAGGCUGCAUCGACCUGGCUUCCGUCAAGUUCCCCAAGGGCUACACCAUGCAGAACCUCGAGAUCGUCCUGCGCGCGCCCCUCUUCUCCCUGGGCCUGCAGUACGGUCACGGAUCCACCCACGGCAUCGGCCAUUUCCUCGCCGUGCAUGAAUCAUUUGAUUACGCUUAUGACGUCAACUUCUUUGGAUCACAAGAGCCUGGUUACUAUAGAGAAGAUGACUUUGGUAUGAGGCUGGAGAACAUUGUGCAAGUAGUUCCAGCUGAUGUUAAGUUUAAAAGUACAACAUCUUUCCUCACGUUUGAAACAACCACUUUAGUGCCAUAUGAUAAGAAGCUAAUAAAUACUAGUUUACUUUCUCCUGACGAGAUUAAAUGGCUGAACAUUUACAAUCAGCAUAUUAGGAUAGCUGUUGGUCCAGAGUUAAUACGCCAAAAUAAAACUAAAGCUUACAAAUGGCUUAUGGAACACACACAGUUAAUUUCCUAGCGUUAACUGUAUGUGAUAGAACUUAAGCUUUAUCUCUAAGGCAUUCCAAGUAACACAAAAACGUCACAAAUAAGUUGUUAUUAAGUUUUAGUUACUAUUCUGACAUCACAAUAUGAUGUCUUUGCGGCAGUUUUUUUGUUACUUGGGUAUAAUUUAUUUCUCUUCCUUCUCAAUAAAAAUAAAUAAUUACAACUCUA